GAAAUAUCAGAUAGCAGUUUUAAAGUCUUUUGAGUUAAACGCUGAAUUUUGGCUCCUCCCAAACAAACUUCCUCAAACUCUCUUCGGGCUUCAGUCUGAUAUCUGAUCUGUUACUCGCUGAGAUCAACAUCUGAUCGGACUAAAGCUUCUACGCGUUUUACCUUUAAUAUACUUUUAAGUUUUUUUUUUCACAUGAUGUCCGAUCUGAAUCGGCGGAUGUCCUGGCACGAGGAUUUCACGAGAAACUUUUCCCGAUUGUUUUCCAGAAGUAAAUCAUUGGACAGAAACUCGAGUGAGGAUGAAGCAUCAGUGAUCACCUGCGUGGACCAAACACCUGAGCAGCAUCUGGACACAACAACAACAACAACAACAACAACAACAACAACAACAACAACACAGGAGUCGCUGCUGUGUGACGUACAGGACAGAAGCAGUGAGUCACGUGUGCAGGACGGCACGCAGAGGGGUGCAGGAGGGUCAGCGCUUGAACCUCCCCCCCUCUGUGCUCCUGCCUCGCAGUCCAGCCCAGCGGCGCCCCCUGUGGACGGCUUCUUCAAGCGUUUGGGUAACCUGUUUCUCUUCAGCCAGGCAGAACCAGCCGGUGUCCAAAGACACAGACAAGCGGAUACCGACAGCAGCUGUCCGAUCACGACAGACUCGCAAACUAGCGCAGAGACACAGAAAACUGGAGGAUGUUUGGAUCUGUCUCUCUCUGUUCAGCUGUCUCGCCACCAAACACUGGAGCUGUCUGAGUGUCAUUCAGAGGUUACACACACGCAAUCUGAGGCACAGAGUGAAGAUUAUAGCAAUGCCGUAGACGUCAACUCUGCCAAAGAGAGUUUGGAGGAGAAGAGAUGUUACGAUCUAGCCUGUCCUCCUGUGGUGACAUAUGGAACUUACCGGGGACUGAGGGAUGCCAGGAGACCAAAGAGAAAGCAUUGCAUGGAGCUCUGUUCAUCUGUUUCUAAGGGAGAGGUGGCUACUCAUGCAGAAAGCCAGAGACUAGGAGAGACUGACAUCUCUCCCACUCCAAAUACGAUGAGCUCUGGUAGUCAGGAACAUCCCACUGCUGUAAAUUCAUUAACUCACUCUCCAUCAUGGAUGCAACAAAUAGAUAACCCUUUGACCCUUAGUCCUCUCUCCACAGACACAGAGAUUCAUGAAUGGGAUACAGCUGUUCAAUGUGGACAAACUACGGUCAACAAUCUUCUCAUGUUGAUAAAACAAACUCUGAUCAGUUAUUUAUUGGCAUAGGAGACU